AUUUGACCACAAUUUAAAUGAGCCUCCAAAUAGGCUACAUCAACAAAUUUUGACCCGACUACUUAAAAACACAGAUUCACACAGCCGUAGGAGAGACUUCCAAACAGUUUCUAAGUCCAUAUCUAAUUUGCUCUCAAAUUUCUUCAAACAAAAUGGCUCAAUCAGCAAAACCAAUUUCAAGUCCAGUACCUGAUGCAUGGUACCCAACCCUAGCUGUGUUUAUGCUUGCAAUUGGACUUGUUGUUACUGCUUCUUUCUUUAUCUAUGAAGCGACUUCGCCGAGGAAAUAUCGCAGUCUUGCAAAGGAGCUUGCAACUGGGACAGUGGCAUCUGUAUUCUUGGGUUUUGGAUCCUUGUUUCUGCUACUUGCUUCCGGAGUAUAUGUUUGAUCCAUCCACAUGGAUAAAGAUAGAAGUUUCUGCUACUGUUUCUACAUGAACAGUUUUGAGUACUGCAGUUGAUGUUAUAUGAUUUAUGAUUUAUGAUUGAUAAUAGUAUCUUGUAGAACUGAUCAUUAUCACCUAGUGCAGUCUGAGAAUUUAUAACUGAGUGGCAAGCAUUGGAGAACUAGUUGAAAAAUUUCUGAGGUACAAGAAAAUACUUCUUAUUACAGUUUA